AUGGAUUCAGACGACUCCAUGAAUCCAUAUCGUCCGUCCCCAAGCUUCUUCAAUCUGUUAACCAGUCAACAUGAAACCCAAAACCUCGAAUACACUCAUUGUGAGAGUCCAUGUUCGGAGGCUCCAUCUAAACCUGCAUCUCCUCUAGAAAACCGGAAGUCAAGGAAUGCAUGGUUACCUUCUGAUGAUGUCAUGCUUGUUAGCGCAUGGCUUAACACUAGCAAGGAUCCGAUCAGAUCCAAUGAGCAAAGACGUGGAGCAUUUUGGGAGAGGAUUGUGGAUUACUAUGCGGAAUGUCCGAAUGCUGAAGGUCAGCCAAAAAGAGAGGCUCGUCAUUGUAAACAGAGGGGGGGGGGGAUAAACAACUUGGGGUGCAAGUUUGUUGGUUGUUUCGAAGCUGCAACAAGGGAGAAGUCUAGUGGACAAAACGAAGAUGAUAUGAUGAAGCUAGCACACGAAAUUUACUUCAAUGAUCAGAAUCAGAGGUUUACCUUGGAGCAUGCUUGGCGAGAGUUAAGAUAUGAUCAGAAAUGGUGUGCUAGCACAUCAUCUAAAGUUAAUGGAGUGAAAAAGGGAAGGGUGGUGGGUGAGGAUGUGUCCGCACAACCUGUGGUUAAUGUCGAAGAUGAACCACAGCCCCGUCCUCCUGGUGUUAAGGCUGCAAAGGCUGCAAAGGGGAAGGCUAAACCGGUUGUGGAGGAGGAUGGAAAAGCUUUCUCGGAGUUUCAGAUGGAACGUGUUACGCGGAUGUAUGAGAUGAAGCAAGCGGAUUUCUCUUUGAAGGAGAAGGAGUUUGCUAUGAAAAAGGAACAUAGCUUACAUGUGAUGCUUGAAGCUCUCAUUGCUAAAAAGGAUUCACUUACUGAAACUGAAAAAGCCCUUAAGGAAAAACUAAUCAAUGAUUUGAUUUCAUCAGGUUGA